AGCAUGGAAAUGUAUCUACAUGUAAACAUAUGUAAUGCCAUGUUCAUGGGUCGCGGGAGAAUAUCGGUGUUUGGAAUGAAACUGCAUUCGUCCACGUUUCUGUUUGUGUGCACGACCCGAUGGGCUAAUGCAUGGGGGUAAGGGUUAGUGUCCUUUCUACAUACCCACACGAUUCGUGCAUGUCUUCUGAGUCGGACACUUGUAGAAUGGAUCCACAUCUGAAACUCAAUUCAGGUGUGCAAUAGAGUGCCGUACGUCGCAAGAAGAAUGGCUCGGGAUUACAAACCGGGUGACCUGAUUUUUGCGAAGAUGAAGGGCUACCCUCACUGGCCUGCCAGGAUUAAUGACUACUCUGAUGGAGCUGUGAAGCCGGCCAACAUGAAGUUUCCCAUCUUUUUCUUUGGUACCCAUGAAACUGCAUUCCUAGGCCCCAAAGAUAUAUAUCCCUACCUGCCCAAUAAAGAGAAGUAUGCCAAGCCUAACAAGAGAAAGGGCUUCAACGAAGGCCUGUGGGAGGUUGAGAACAACCCAAAGGUGGAGCUGAAUGGAGAGAAGCAAAUGAUGCUGUCGGAUAACGUAACAGAGAAGGACUCUGACAGUAACCCGGAAGGGGACGAGGAGGGAGAUUAUGAGAAGAGGAAGAAACCCAAAGUGUCGGGGGCUGAGAGUGAGGCUGGACAGGAGGAGGAUGAUGAGGAGGAUGGGGGCAUGCAGGUCUCUGAACAGGGACAGCCCCAGGGCCAGGAUGACCCCACACCAAAUGAAUCUACAGACACUCCCAAACCCAAGAGAAGAAGGAAGAAAAAGAGUGAUGUAGAGGCCGACUCUGAGAAAGAGGACACUGCCAACAGUCCCACAUCCAGCCCUCAAGAUGGAGAGGGCCCCACUCCUAAGCGGCGAGGCAGGAAGACCAAAGCUGAGAAGAUGCUCCUACUCCAGCAGCAGGACCCCCAGGGCUCAGGCAGUGACAUGGACACUGCUGAGUUGGAGAGAAAGAGAAAGAGGACGCCGGAAGACAAGUCCAAGAGAGGAGAGGAGGAGAAGAGGCUGGACGGGAGGAGAAAGAAGGAAGAUAACAAAGGGAGAGAGUUGGAGGGGAAGAAGGACCCUGAUGCUAAACGGAGGAGACAGACCAAAGAGGAGAGCUCCUCUGACUCAGAGAACCAGGAGAAGAGCAAGGGGGUUGCGGGAGACCGCAAGCGGCAGCAGCCCACUCUGACCGAGACAGGGGACAAAGACGAUCGUCAACGACGCAAACCAGACGAGCAGAAAGAGCAAAACAAAGAUGAUGGAAACAAAGUGGAUGAAAGGAAAGGAGACAAGAAGAAAGAGAUAUCGAUAGAAUCGAGGCUGCAGAGGUUGCAUGGAGAAAUCAAAAUCUCCCUCAAGAUUGACAACCCAGAUGUGAAGAAGUGUCUGGUGGCGUUGGAUGAGCUGGGCAUGCUGCAGGUCACCACCCAGCACCUGCAGAAACACUCAGAGCUCAUUGCAACACUCAAAAAGAUCCGGAGGUUCAAGGCCAGCCAGGACAUCAUGGACAAGUCCACCAUGCUGUACAACAAGUUUAAGAGCAUGUUCCUGCUGGGGGAGGGGGACCAGCUGCUCAGCCAGGUGCUCAACAAGUCCAUAGCAGAGCAGAAGCAGCAGGAGGAGGCCAGGAAGGGAGCCCAGAAGAAGGCUGAGCGGGCCAGGGAGAACAACACAGAUAACAAUAUGAAUGGCGACUCCAGUCCGGAUGAUAAGAAGCAGGAGUCGGACAAGGAGAAGCCUGCUGAAGAGGCCUCUACAGGUGAUAACAGCAGCGCUGUGCUAGUUGCCGUCCCAUUUUCUAAUCCCUUUGCCGGCAGUGUAGUGAAGGCCCAAGAGGAAACCAACUGAUGAAGAAACAUCUGACUGACUAAACUGAAGGGGAUGUUGGUGCUGCUGACCUUCUCCUGAGUCCUGACUGAUCUGUGCUGAUCACACUAGUCCAAACACCACCAAUAAGAGGUCCUGUUGCUUUGACAUGUUGUACAAAUCCAGGCUCUUCUCUGGUCUGAACACCCACGUCUUAAACCCUACAGAGCAGUGUCUUCCAAAGUCCUAUUUUAGAUUUCAUUUAUGAUGAAUGCAUCCACUGUGGCUGUUUUUUAAACUGAUGGUAGUAAGUGGUUCCACAAGGAAAAUAUGUUUAAUUUAACUAGGCAAGUCAGUUAAGAACAAAUUCUUAUUUUCAAUGACAGCCUAGGAACAGUGAGUUAACUGCCUGUUCAGGGGCAGAACGACAGCUCGGGGGUUUGAACUUGCAACGUUCCGGUUACUAGUCCAACGCUCUAACCACUAGGCUACCCCAAUAAUACUUGCAUAUCUAACCCAUCCCUGACCUUACUUUGUUUGAACUAUUCUGCUAUGUGGUGAAAAUUUGACAGUAUCAUGUUUGAGAAUGUCAUGGCAAAAAUGGAGUGGGACAAGGAAGCUUUAUAGUCUGUUUUAAAAAUCACUUAAAGUUUGACAUCGCAAGAUCUUGCAGUUCAACUCUGAAUUAUACAAGAUAGAUAAAAUAUACAGUAGUUACUGGUAGAGGAGUCUUUGUAUUACUAGUUAGUUUAGUAAAAUGUACUUAAUACUGACCAAUAUUACUCCGGGUAGGUGCACAUUUUGUUCUUGCACAGAAAGGAAAUACUACUUGUGUGCCAAAGUGUUUUUUCUUCCACUCGCACACCCAAGUUUAAAUGUCUGUCUGUUGUAAAUAAGAGUAUUUUUGUGCCUGUCUGAAAGCCUGUUUAGCCUCCUUUGUAAUAAAGCAUUGGUUCAAUAA